AUGCAGAUCUCGAGCUUGCUGACCAGCGAGAAGGACUUCGCCGAUCAGCUGGAGAAGGCUCAGCUGGAGGUCGCUGCUGUUAAGAAGGAGCGGAACCGCCUCGAGGGCAAUCACGAGAUCACCAAGGCUGCCGUUUCCAAACUCCGGGAUGAUGUCACCGCAGUGCAAGGUGCACUAGACGACCUGACUCAUGCAGUGAAAGAAAGCAGUUCGCGAACUGCCUCGUGUCAGUCGGACCUUCCGGAAGUGGAGAGACGACUCAUCGAGCGCUUCGAUACGCGGCUGGACAAGCAAGGCAGAGCUUGCAAAGACCUCAACGAGAGGAUGACGGAAAUCCAGAAGCAAUGCCAGCAGGCGAAGACCCUGAGCGAGAAAGCGAAUCUCAACACGAGCCAGUUCACAAGUCGCCUGGACGCGUCCAAGAAGGAUGCAGCGGCAAAUGUGGCAGGCUUGCAGAAGGAGAUGGCUGAGGUGCAGGAAGUGGUCCAGGGUUUCCAUGAAGCUGUGCAGUCUCAGUCAAAGGACCUAGGGACGUUGGACCGUGAGGUGCAGCACCUUCGCACCUGGACGGAGCAGCUGAAAGAGCUCAAGUCCCUGCACGAGGAGCAGGCGGCGGUGCAAGCCAAUGUGCAGGACCUUGCGAGACGCGUCUCGGCAGCUGAUCGGAGCCUCGCAGAGCUCGCAGCACGCCCGAACGACGAGGUCGAGACGUGCCGGGAGGAGAUCCGUUUACUGCAGCAGCGCAUUGAUCAGAACAUAGCCGAGGUCCUGCGAGGGAAAGACGCCCAGAAAGCGCAGUUGGACCUCCUUGGCAGUGCCAGCAACCGCCUGGAAGACUUGGAGGCCGAAGUGCCGCUACUGCGAGGGCAAGUGGCACAGGCGACCGACGAAGUCGAGGGUUUCACUGCUUGGCGAAGCGAGACGGGCGAGGCACUUCGCUCGCUCCAGCGCGAUCUCCGGGCGACGGAGGCCCAGUCAGCGCAGACGAAGGCUGGCUUAACUGCCCUCGCCCGGACCCACGAGGACCUCCAGCAAGAGCAGACCGGUUCUAGGGAGACGCUGGGCAAGCUCGGGUCCCGCCUGGACCUCCUCAACAAGUAUUUCAGCGGUCUUGGAAAAGGCCUCAAAGAAGCACACCAUCAGAUUGUCGGCUGCGACGCGCCACUGCUGCCCAAGACGGGCGGCAUGCUCUUCCUCCACUGGUUCCACGGACCCCACGAACGGCGAGGACGCCACAGCGUCAAGAUGAGUGCUGUGUAUCGGGACCUCAACGGAACAGCCUGCCCUCGCCCAGACCUGGCGUUGUUUGCUGUGUUGGAUGACUUGGCUUGUGGGUCUUCCAGGGCUGUGACCUGGAUUUGCACCUGUGGUGGAGCCAUCUUCGGACACAUGGCCUCCAACGACACGGUGCCUUUCCAUGGCCAACCCGCGUUCCUCCCGCGACGGGGGACGAGCAUGCAGGACUCUGAUGACGAAGAGGACGACUGCUAUCGAGGCGUUGACCACGAAGUCAUCGAAGGGCACACCAUUGGCCAUACCUUCCACGCGGCGAGCAGCACAAGUGGGCGGGCGGGGAACGAUGAGCACUUGAAAUGCAUGGUCUGCAUGGAGGAAUUCCGGGAGGGCGAAGCUGUGCGGAGCUUGCCGUGCCUGCACCGGUACCACCAGCGCUGCAUUGACCAAUGGCUCAGCCGCAACUCGGAGUGUCCGAUAUGCAAGCAGGACAUCACUGCGCCGCAGAACAUGCCAGCCGCCCCGGCGCCGGUAUCGGCAUCCAGGUUUGGUCGGCCCUGGGGCGCGUGA